AUGACCAAAGAGUCGUUGACUCCGCGCAAGAAGUCGGUCGCCGAAAAGGAAGCCGAAAUUGAGUCCGUCUGGUCCGAUGAACCGUAUGGUUUGGAAGAGCGUGACUUCAAGAAGAAGCAGACUUUCAAAGGUUGGACUCUUCUCUAUCUUGCAUACCAAUCAACGGGUGUGAUCUAUGGAGAUAUUGGUACCAGUCCUCUCUAUGUCUACUCGUCCACGUUUACGUCUGAGCCUGCGAAGGACGACCUUCUCGGUGCGCUCUCGUUGAUCAUCUGGUCAUUGACUUUGAUCGUCACGAUCAAAUAUGUCUUGAUUGUCCUGUCCGCCGAUGACGAAGGUGAAGGAGGCACCUUUGCUAUAUAUACCCUUUUGUCCCGCUUUAGUGAUAUCAUGAAAAGAGACCCCCGAACGUAUCAUGCCAUCAAGAUGGAAAGGCACCCGAACGCUGAGCUUCCCAGACAAAGUCGUAGCAUAAGAAAUUGGCUCGAGAAGUCCAAAAUCGCACAUGCAAUCUUGAAGAUAUUGGCUGUGUUUGGCGUGAGUCUGAUCAUCGCUGAUGGUAUCCUCACACCCGCACAAUCCGUGCUUGGAGCCAUUCAAGGAUUGACAGUAGUCGAUGAGAGUAUCAGUAGCUCAACCAUUAUCGGUGUCAGCUGUGCUAUCCUGAUCCUGCUGUUUCUUCUACAGCCUCUCGGCAUUCAAAAGUUGGCGAGUUGCUUUGCUCCGAUCGUCAUCAUUUGGCUUCUGUUCAACGCAUCAUUCGGUAUCUACAAUCUUGUCAUGCACGACUGGACCGUCCUUAAAGCCUUCUCUCCCUACUUUGCAGGCUUGUACUUCAUGCGCCUCAAGAAGGACGGGUGGCUAUCGCUUGGUGGUAUCUUGCUCUGUUUUACAGGUGUCGAGGCUCUCUUUGCCGAUCUUGGAGCUUUCAGCAAGCGCGCCGUACAGAUCUCAUGGCUUUGCCUUACCUUCCCCUGCCUUCUCCUGGCAUACAUCGGGCAAGCGGCAUACAUCUCAAGGAAGCCGUCAGCAUACGCAAACCCGUUCUUCGAGACUGUGCCUCCGGGAAUGUUCUAUCCAUCACUUGUCGUUUCGAUCCUCGCUGCCAUUGUUGCUUCUCAAGCACUCAUCACCAGCACUUUCCAGUUGCUCAUACAACUCAUGCACUCUUCCUACUUCCCACAAAUCAAGGCUACUUACACUAGCACCGCCUUCCAUGGGCAGGUCUAUAUCCCCAUCGCUAACUGGCUCAUGAUGAUCGGCACAGUCAUAGUUACUGCCGUCUACAGCAAUACUACCAAGCUCGGCCAUGCCUAUGGUGUCUGUGUCAUCCUGGUCACUUUCAUCACCACAAAUCUGGUGACGCUCGUAGCCUUGAUCGUCUGGAAGACGAACCCUAUCCUCGUCUUUGCCGUGUGGCUGCCUCUUGUCACCCUCGAUGGUCUCUACCUCUCCUCAGCUCUCACAAAAGUUCCUGAUGGCGCUUGGUUCACCCUCCUCCUUGCCGUCCUUCUAGCUUCCUUCUUCAGUCUUUGGCGCUACGGCAAAGAGAAACAAUGGGCCACCGAAGCCAAAAACCAAGCCCAGCUUUCCGAACUGGUCGUUUACUCAUCCAACAACCUCGCUUCCACCACCGCCACCCCUGACACUGCUCCAGCUAAAAAGAGCUUCCACCUCUCUUGGCGCCACGGCGGCGGAGAACUGACGGAAACAAAAGGCAUGGGCAUCUUCUUCGACAAGGCUGGUACCGAUAUCCAUGUCCCGCAGGUGUACGAACACUUUAUCACAAAGUUUGAAGCGCAGAUGCAGGUAGUGGUUUUCUUGCAUCUGCGCGCGUUGUCGGAGCCUCAUGUUCAUGAGGAAGAGCGUUACACCAUUGCUCGUACGCCUUUGCCCAAUGUCUAUCGCAUGACUAUUCGAUAUGGCUAUAUGGAUAGAGUGGUAACCCCCGAUCUUGCCAGACUCGUAUAUGAGCAAGUCAGAAUGGCGAUUGUGCGAGAAACCGUGAUCCAAGAUCUCCACGCCGCCACCACCACCACCAUGACCACUUUCAUCCCCGAAGUCGAGGUUGGCAUUGACGAACCCCACACCUCUGGCGCCACUGCUCUUGUCACUUCUCGUCGUUUGCGAGUUCUAGACGAUGCGUUCAACACCCAAACACUCUAUCUUGUUGGAAAGCAACAACUCAGGAUCUAUGAGGAAACAUCUCUAGUCAAGAAGGCUUUACUCGGGGCUUUCUUGUUUGUAAGAGAUAACACUAGAGCCAAGGUUGCGCAGCUGGACGUGCCAGUGGAGAAAUUGGUAGAAGUUGGAUUUGUUGGUGAGAUUUGA